CAAAACACCUCGCAUUCUCUCUACAUAAGAAGACUAUAUAGGACUUUGUCUGAAAAUAAUUUCACUUACCAAAAACCCCACUCAGCAAAACCAAACGACUGCCAAAACCCCACCCAUAAACCUCCGUCCUCCGCCGCCGUAAACCACCGUGUUCCACCACCAGUAUCAUAUACAAUUUUUUGUUAACUUUUAUAAAAAAAUCAAGAAUCUCUCAAGUUAGCGUAUUUUUUGAUUGGUGGGGUUUUGUGAAAAGUGAUAAGCAGCUAAAAGGGUGUCUUGGGUAAUGGUUGAAGAAGCUAAAAGACUGAGCUUUUCUGUUUCUUGAAUUUGCAAAGGCAAAGAGGACGGCGUCGUUUUUAGGCUGUGCAGUGAUGAUGAAGAUUCGCUUGAUUCUUUUGCGAUUCCUUUUUAUGUUAUUGGUGAUCUUCACUCCUAAUGCUCAACUGACUGCAAGAGCAUUCACUGGAACUUAUGGAAUUAACUAUGGGAGAAUCGCAGAUAACAUCCCUUCACCUGAUAAAGUGGUUAAACUCCUUCGAGCAGCAAAAAUUAAGAAUGUUAGAAUAUAUGAUGCAGAUCCCAGUGUCCUUAAUGCCUUUAAAGGGACAGGGCUUGAGUUGGUGGUUGGACUUCCGAAUGGAUUUGUAAAAGAAAUGAGUGCUAAUGCAGAUCAUGCUCUGACUUGGGUAAAAGAUAAUGUGAAGGCAUUCCUUCCCGAUACCCGCAUUGUCGGCAUCGCUGUGGGAAAUGAAGUUUUGGGGGGCAGUGACAACGAACUAGAGAUAGCUCUUCUGAAUGCUGUAAAGAAUGUAUAUAAUGCAACACGAAAGCUCGGGAUAAGUGACGUUGUUCAGAUAUCGACUGCGCACUCACAGGCCGUCUUUGUUAAUUCAUUCCCUCCCUCCGCGUGUAUAUUUAAAGACGGUGUUGCUCAGUUGAUGAAGCCACUUUUACAGUUAUUCUCAGAA